AUGGACGAUGACGUCGACAGCUCCUGCUCCACCCCGUUCGCCAGCGCUCCGUCCAGCCCCGGACGUCCCCACGCCAUCGGCGGCGGCGGCGGAGGCUACUUCUUCAGCGCGCCGGCCAGCCCCAUCCACCACCUCCUCCUCUCGGCCUCGUGCUCGGCCUCCGCGACCCCCGGCGCCGGUGUCGGGCGUGGGUGCGCGGGCGACGCGGAGUUCGAGUUCGGCGGGCCUGGCGGGCCCAUGAUCUCCGCCGACGAGCUCUUCCACAACGGCCAGAUCCGGCCGCUCACCCUGCCCCCGCUCCCGGAUCUCGACCCCGGAAGCGACGACGACGACGACGACGACUGCGGCAGCGGCCGCGCGUUGCCGACGCGCGGCCGCGACCUCACGCCACGGAGUGCGUCCGUGCACCGCCGCGCGCGGUCCAUGUCCCCGCUCCGCAGCGCGUCGCCGCGGCUCAAGCUGAUCAAUGCGCUCGUCCCGGCGCCGGAUCUCGGCCCCGCCGCCCCCGACGCGACGGGAACGCACGGGGAGGAGGCCGCGCCGCCGGUCACCGCCUCGUCCCGCUCGUCAUCGUCCUCCUCCACGUCCUCCUCCUCGUCGGCCGCGUCGUCGUCGGCGCGCGGGUCCCGGCGGUGGGUGUUCAUCAGGGACAUGCUCCUCCACCGCAGCAAGAGCGAGCCAGGCAGCAGCAGCAGCGCCCACUCUUGCGACAGCGCCCCCGGGGCGCCGCCCGCCGCCGGCGCUAACAACAAGCCCGAACGAGCCUGGCCGUUCUCGCCGGCCUGGGUAGCCAGGGACAGGCUCGCCGCGAGGCUCCGCCCCUCUCGCGCGCCGCCAGCAGCGACGGAGGCCGCUGGCGGUCCCGGCGGCGACGAUGCGGCCGGGUCGCGGGCGCAGGGCAGGGGCGGCCGCCGGCGACGUUCCACUACGGUGGCGGCGGCGCACGAGAGGCUCUACGCGGCGCCGAACCGUGCGCAGGCGGAGGAGAUGCGGCGGCGCACGUUCCUUCCCUACCGGCAGGGCCUCCUGGGCUGCCUGGGCUUCAGCUCCCGCGGCUACGGCGCGCUCCACGGGUUCACCAAAACCCUCAACCCCGUAUUCUCCCGGUGA